GCACCUCCCCUCUCCGCCUCAUCCUCCUCAUCCUCCUCACACUGCUCACCACUCCUCCUCCUCGUCCUCCUCGUCGUCCGCAUCAUCAUCAUCAUGAGGUUCCUCUGUCUCCUGGUCUUGGUCGCAUCCAGCUCGCUACUCUGCAGGGCUGACGAUGACCACAAGAGCCACGAAUCCCACGAGGGAGGCGUCAAGGACUCGUGCCCACUCAUGGUGAAGGCGAUCGACUCCGUGCAAGGGAAGCCCGCGGCUGGAGUCAAACUCAGCGUGAUGAAGAAGCAGGACGAUGCCUCCUGGAAGGAGGUGGCGACCGGGGUGACGGGUAAGACCGGCGAGUCUCAUCAUCUCAUCAGCGACAAGGACUUCACGGAGGGGACCUACAAGGUGCGGUUCGAGACUCAGCAAUACUGGACCAAGACCGGCAUCACUCCCUUCCACGAAGCGGCCGAGGUGGUGUUCAUGGCCCAUGGCGCGGGACACAAGCACUACCACAUCCCCAUGCUGCUGAGCCCCUACUUCUUCGCAACAGGGGCCAUCGUGGUAGACGGAAAGGGACACUGAACCCCCGCGGCUCCCCCACCCCCAUGGGCCCACAAUAGGGGCCCGGGGCCCUGAACGACCCCACCCCCCCCCCCCCCCCCCCCCCCCCCCGAGGGAGAGGGGAUUCCGGAACCCCAAGGGGACCCGAAUACCCCCCACCACCACCACCCCCUCUCAGCCCGUUUUCCAGAUACGUUGUAGGUAGAGGGGUGACGACUUCCCUGCUGCCGUCGUUAAGAGUUUCGUUUCUUACCGCCGCUGUCACGCGCCGUGUAACGUCGCGUGACAGCGCGUUGCAACCACACCGUGCAGAGCCACACCACACCACACACACCAUCUGAACCACACCUGGACUACACACCACACACACCAUCUCAACCACGCCUGGACUACACACCACACACCAUCUCAACCACACCUGGACUACACACCACACACACCAUCUGAACCACACCUGGACUACACACCACACACACACAUCUCAACCACACCUGGACUACACACCACACACACACCAUCUCAACCACACCUGGACUACCCACCACACACCAUCUCAACCACACCUGGACUACGCACCGCACCACACAUACAUAUACACACCAUCUCAACAACACCUGGACUACCCACCACACACACACCAUCUCAACCACACCUGGACUACGCACUGCACCACACAUACAUAUACACCCCAUCUGAACCACACCUGGACUACACACCGCACCACACAAUAGAAGACCCAUACCACGCCGCGCCAAAACCGGUAAUAAACGACGUUGACAUCG